GGUUAAUUUACUAGACGAAGGUAUAGUCCAAAUUAUGCCAAACUGUAUAGUAUUGGUUGGUGUUCGAGGAUGUGGGAAGUCAAGUUUGGGACUUAUGGCUCUGUCGAUGUUGGAGUACGUCUAUGUCGAUGCUGAACGAUGUGUCUCGGAGUGCCUUCACAUGACAGACUCCGAGUAUCUCCAAAGCCACACCACCGAAGAAUAUCAAGAACUCGAGUACCGACUCAUUGUAUCAGCAGUAGAAGAGCAAAUUGCCAAGAAACAGAAUAUGGUGGUUGUACUACCAGCAAUUGCCAUAGAAAACCAACCCUUGUUAGAUUAUUUUGUUCGGCAGAUUGCAACGCCGUACUUAAUUCACAUUGUGAGAGAGGAAGCAAAAGUUUUGGAAUAUUUAGAAUACCUGGAACCUUUCGAAAAGGGUAAAGAGCUCUUGCGGAAAAUGCUACCAAGAUACAGUGCCGUGGCAAACUAUGUCUAUUUCAAUAUGCAUUCAGACCCUUCCUUUAUAGAAAAUAAGUAUAUUAUUAUCCGUGAUCGACAGACCAAGUUCCCAACCUUGGCACUUAAGGCUGCAGAACUAGAUUUUGUUCUGUACUUGGAGUUUCUUACUGGAAUUGAACGCCGAGUACACACAAACCUAUCGUUCCGAAACAAGUAUACUACAGCAAUUCAAGUGAAUUUCCCAAAUUUACAUAUCCAAGAUAUAUUGUACAAUGCCAGUGAUGUAGUGGCAGGAUGUGAUGCGGUUGAUCUCCAGAUCGAUGCCAUUGCCUUGAUGGAAUCUGGUUCAUUGAAUGAUAUCGAAGAUCAAAUCAGUAGACUAGUGGCAAACAUUAGAAGAGGGGCUGAAUUACCAAUAAUUUUCAAUCUUCAAAAUUCGUUGACCGAUAUUUAUCAAUUUAUGCAAACUCGACAUCAAGCUAAAUCAGAUGAAAAAUUUGAUAUUAUGGAUUUCCAUGUAUUUUAUUUGAAUUUCUUGGGAAUAGCUACCAGGUUAGGACUAGCUUACGUGGCGUUGGAUCUAAGUUUAUGUUGCAAUGGUGUCAAAUAUAGCUCAGAGGGUACUAGAGAUGAUAUAAUGGUUACCAAUGAUACCACUAACGAAAUGGUGACACUUGUGAAGGAUUUUUUAAGAAAAUGUGGUAAGACCAUUGUGAUGGGAAUAUAUCAUUCAUUAGACCCCAAAAUUUGGGAUUCUAACUAUGGAGGGGUUAAAAUAAUGGAAUUCGCUCAUGAAUUAGGAAUUACCAUGAUGAGAAUAACGUCAAAGGCUCUUGAUUUAACUGAUAAUUUGAAAUGUUGGAACUUUAUUAAAUAUAUGAUGACUGAAUAUCCAGACAUUCUACUUACUGCAUUUAAUACUGGAGAAUUGGGGAAAUUAUCUAAGAUUUUGAACCGAGUAUUAACUCCGGUUCAUAUUGAUUUAAAUAAAGAUUUGAACAUUCCAAUAGAGAGUAAUGAUUGGAUUGUUAACAGUGAUGUUCAAAGAUCACUUUUCCGUGCAUUUAUAGUUCCAGGCUCAUCCUUCCAUGUUACUGGUGCCAAUUCACUGAAUAAUCUCAUGCCUGCGGUACACCAACAAACAUAUAGUGAAUUGGGCCUUCCACAUUCGUUUAGUAGUUAUGAAAGCACUUCUAUAUCUGGAUUGGCAGCUUUAAUCAAAUCCCCAAAUUUUGGAGGGGCAUCUAUCCUACCACCGUUUACGCGAGAAGCUCUUCAUUUUGCAGAUUCAACUUCAACUCAUGCUAGAGCAAUUGGGUUCGUUAACACCUUGGUGACGGAGCGUCAUUGGACAAAUCCAACCAAAUUAGUAAGAAUAAAAGGUUAUAACACUGAUUGGAUUGUCGUGUCUCAAAUUUUGAGAAGUUCAUUAUCACCGGUCAAUACUGCUAUUAGAGAAAAGACUGCCUUGAUUAUUGGAUCUUGUGGAGUUAGUAGAGCUUCCAUCUAUGCAUUAAUCAGAUUAAAUUAUAAAAACGUCUUGGUGUAUGAUACAAAAUAUACUACCGCCAAGAGUAUUGCUGAUGAGUUUAAUAAUUUACAAGAAACUACCAAUGGAAAUUCAUUCAAAACAACCAACGUGAUUGCCUUAACUAAGAAAUCAUUCAACCAAGUAGAAUUAGCUGAAGGAUGUGCAUAUCCUGUUGUCAUCAUUGAAGGGAAAUGUACAGCAGACCCGAAGACGGGAAAACCUCCAUUAGCAAUCGAGAUCCCCUCUGGUUGGUUCAAAAACGAAACUGGUGGUGUUGCAAUGCAAACUUCAAUCGAUUUAUUAAUCAGUCCGAUGUUAGAUACGGCAUUUGAGUUACAAGAUAAAGGAUGGAUAGGUGCAUGUGGGUUGAAUUAUCUCUACUGCCAAUCAUGUACCCAGUUUGAAUUGUUUGUGAAUAAACCUGCUCCAAGACAUCUCAUGAAAAAGUUUUUAUUGGAUGUGUAUCAGAAAUCAACAAGGUCAUUAUAGAAAAUGGUCUAGAUAAAUAUAUAUGUAUAUAUAUAUAUUAAAUCAUUCUAAUUUUA